GAAAUGCAUCGUCAUACAAAAAUGUGUGUCUAAUAAUACUUAUUUAAAAACUACAGCAAUUAUUAUUUAUUAUAUUUUUAUUAUUAAAUAUUAUUUAAUUUAUUUAUUAAAAUAUUAAAAAUAUAUUAAAAUUUUUUAUAUUAUUUAUUAUUUAUUAGUUUUUGUGGUGUAAACGGUCAAUAAUGAAUAAAUAAAGAUAUAGGGUAUGUGGUAAAUACUCUUUUUUUCCGCACAUAUCUGGUUGAAACCCUAUAUGAAAAGGAAAAGGAAACCUCUCGGCCGCCUCUCUUUUCUCAACACUUUCCUAUCCUAUAAAUUUAAACCCAAAUUCACAAUUUCAUCAAUUGCUCUCUCUUUCAUCCUGUUCGACAUCGUUCCUCGUUCCAUUGGUUGAAGCUAGUCUACGUUCGGUAGAGUUUCAAAGUUGUAACGGUGUAAGUGAGACUUCUUUUAUGUCCGAACAAGCCAUCUUCUAUUUGGGAUCCAUUGGAUUGCUUGGAGAGUAUUGUCCUUGGUCAAGAAAAAAGAACCGUCAUUUCUCUGGCCUUGUUGACUGUAUGCAUCUCAAAUCAUUAAAGGAAGAACACUUUGACUUUUCUGGUUGCUGGAAGGCACAUCCUUCUCCGGACGCAAUUUGCAAUUGUACUGCUGAAGAAUUCUCUCAACAUUCAUAACGCCUCAUCUGGGAAUUUUUGGCUGAAUCAAAGAUGGCUUUGCAGAAUAUAGGUGCCAGCAACAGUGAUGAUGCCUUCUACAGGUAUAAGAUGCCCAGGAUGCUUACCAAGAUAGAGGGCCGUGGGAAUGGCAUCAAGACAAAUGUGGUGAACAUGGUUGAUAUUGCCAAAGCAUUAGCAAGGCCUCCAUCUUAUACCACAAAAUAUUUUGGAAAUGAGCUUGGGGCCCAGUCGAAAUUUGAUGAGAAAACUGGAACCGCCCUUGUCAAUGGAGCUCAUGAAACCCCCAAACUUGCUGGUCUUCUUGAGAACUUCAUCAAGAAAUAUGUUCAGUGCUAUGGUUGCGGAAACCCUGAAACAGAUGUCAUAAUAACCAAAACUCAGAUGAUCCAACUGAAAUGCGCUGCAUGUGGUUUCAUUUCUAAUGUGGACAUGAGGGACAAGCUGACAACUUUUAUACUUAAGAACCCGCCUGAGGCGAAAAAGGGCUCCAAGGACAAGAAAGCAAUGAGAAGAGCUGAGAAGGAGCGACUGAAGGAAGGAGAGGCCGCUGAUGAAGAGCUGAAGAAGCUGAAGAAAGAAACAAAGAAAAAGGUUUCCUCCAAAGAUGCCAGCACAAAACCUAGUUCUAAAAAGAAACAUGGUGGUUCGGAUGAGGAUCAUGCUUCACCACCUAGAAGCCAUGCUCAUGUGAAAGAAGAGGAGGAUGAAGAUGAUGAUGACGACGUCCAGUGGCAGACUGAUACAUCGCUUGAAGCCGCUCAGCAGCGUAUACAAGAACAGUUAAGUGCUGCGACUGCCGAAAUGGUUAUGCUGUCCACAGUUGAGUCGGAGAAGAAGUCCAAGGCAGCUACUCAAACCCCAAGUCCUAAAGCUGCUUCUGUAACAUCGGAAGAUUCUAAGACCGAGAAUGUAGAGACAAACCAUGAGAGGCUCGUUAGGGAAGUGAAAACAAAUCUAAAAAAAGGAGUUACUGCCAGCAAGUUACAAUCCUUUUUGGGUUCACUCUCUGGGUCUCCUCAGGAAGUUAUUACUGCUUUGUAUGAGGCACUCUUGGAUGGCGUUGAGAAAGGAUUUGCCAAGGAGGUUAUUAAGAAGAAAAGCUACCUUGCUGCUGUUGCUCAAGAUGAGGAGUCUCAGCUACGAUUGCUUCAAGCUACAGAAAUUUUUUGUGGGAAAUCCAACAACUCAGUUGCACUGAAGGAAGUGGCUCUGGUUUUGAAAGCUUUGUAUGAUGCUGAUCUUUUGGAAGAGGAAUACAUAGUAAAGUGGUACAACAAGGGCGUCGCUGCGAACAAGGACUCCAAAAUUUGGAAGAAUGUCAAACCCUUUGUCGAAUGGCUAGAGAGUGCCGAGUCAGAGUCCGAAGAGGAAUGAGUUCAGAAAUAUUUCUGACUAUUCAGUUUGCUUUCUGGUGUGCUCGAGUUUGCUUUGCGUGAGACACUACCAUAUUGGAAACUCGUAUGUUAUUUUAUGUUGUUUGUUUUGUCUGUUGCCUCUGGUUCAGAAACUCUGUAUUAAGUUCCUUUUGCUUAACCCGGUUUGAUUGUCUUUGCGUGAAUAAAACUUCAUUAUUUA